UUUUUGCAUUUGACGAAUUUUAUGUUUAAAUUGUGCCACCAGUCAGCAAUCUCUGACGCACCACUUUUUAUGUAUGUACGCCGGCUUAUGUAGGUGCUAUGAUUUUGCUAGUACUCCAUCUCCUGCUCCUCACCACCUGCCAGGGCUAUCGCGACCGCAAGCCGCAGCCGCACUACCCCAAGAAUUCCCUGUUCUGGGCCACCGACUUCUUCGUCCAUGGCUGCGAGAACUUUCUGAAGAAGUGUCCUGCCUUCUACAGGCAGCAACCGAUUUGCGCUAUGAGUUACAACGGCGAGUACAAAAACUUUGAGAACUACUGUAAAAUGCUCUACCUCAACUGUAACACUUGGAAUAAUUGGCGCAUUUACAAACGCGAGAGAUGCUAAAAUAAAUGGAUUAUACAGAAAA